AUGUGGGACCUGACCACAAAGAAGCUACGGUGCCAGGAUUGUUUAGUAAUGGAACAAUAUGUCACAGAUGACAUGGAUGAAGAACUUCGAGCUGAGAUGGGCACAGACUCUCUGAAACAUCCUGGAAGUCUGUUGGAAGGAUUCGCUAAGACUCAAGUUAGUGCACUAGCUGUAAAGGAAAAUUUUCUAGUUGCUGGAGAGUUCCAGGGAGAACUUAUCCGCAAGGUACUCUUUUUCUUGGAAGAAGCAAAAGAGAUUCAUAAAAGAAAGCAGUGA